AUGGCCAGGAAGUACUCCACCAAUGGCGUGGUCCUGAAGAUCGAUGUGGACAAAUUUGAGGAGCUGACGGAGCGCUACAAGGUGCGCAGCAUGCCCACCUUUGUGUUCCUGAAGAACAACCGUCGUGUGGCCGCUUUUUCCGGCGCGGAUGAGUACAAACUGACCAACAUGAUGGCCAAGUUGGUAUAAACCUAGAAAAAAAGA